UGUUGAAAGAAGAAGAGGAAGAGGACCAGCCCUGCUAGCCAGUUGCAUAUGAAUAUAUGGCCGUGAUUUUGGGGAUUCAUUUAACGCAGUCCAAGUAUUAAAUCAGAUAAAAAUCUGAAACAUCGAUUAAAAGAAGAUGCAGGAUGACGCGCGCUACCUCAAAAGAAAGGUGACUGUGGGCAGUUUGGAUGUUCAUCCCACAGAGAAAGCCCUCGUGGUCCACUAUGAGGUGGAAGCAUCUAUACUGGGAGAAGGCGGAGGUCAUGUGGUGGGUGAACGGAAGGAAGGUCAAAAAAUUAUCCGUGUGAAGAGCCUUUCUCCCAGUACAGAUGUGGGAGCUUUGGCAAAGAAAGUGGUGGAGGAGUGUAAACUCAUCCCUUCUUCCCGUAUGCCUCAGGUGGAGCAGCUCCUAUACUACUUGCAGAACAGGAAAUCCUCCCCAGUUGAGGGCAAAAGGGAGAAGAAAGAGAAACAAACUGUGAAACCCAGAGAGCUUACACCAUUUGAAGGAGUGGAGUUAAAUGAGGAGGCCAGUAUAACCAGAGUUGAUGAGUAUGUUGAACUUCUCUACGAGGGCAUCCCUGAGAAGAUCCGAGGAUCAGCUCUCAUACUGCAGCUCGCCCGCAACCCUGAUAACCUGGAGGAGCUGCUUCACAACGAGGCAGCUCUAGGUGCUCUGGCCAGAGUAUUGAGGGAGGACUGGAAACAGAGUGUAGAACUGGCAACCAUCAUCAUUUACAUCUUCUUCUGCUUCUCAAGUUUCAGUCAGUUUCAUGGCGUGGUGAGUCAUUAUAAAAUAGGUGCUUUGUGUAUGAGUGUGGUGGAACACGAGCUGAAGAGACACGAUGUUUGGCGCGAGGAGUUACGCAAGAAAAACCAGGCUUAUGAGUCUGCACCAGAAAAUGGUUCUCUGAGAAGAGACCAGGACAAAGCUCUGAGGAAAUACCAAGGCCUUCUCGCUAAACAGGAGCAGCUGCUCAGAGUGUCUCUUUACCUCCUGUUGAACCUGGCUGAGGACACGAGGACAGAACUGAAGAUGAGGAACAAAAACAUUGUUGGUCUAUUGGUUAAAGUCCUUGAACGGGAGGAUGAAGAGCUGCUCGUCCUGGUUGUUUCAUUCCUUAAAAAACUGUCCAUCUUUCUGGAGAACAAGAAUGACAUGGCUGAGGUAAAUACUGUGGAGCGAUUGGCUCAUCUGGUCCCCUGUGACCAUGAAGACCUGUUAAACCUGACUCUGCGGCUGCUGCUCAACCUCUCUUUUGAUUCUGGACUCCGAGCGAAGAUGGUGGAAGUUGGACUGUUACCUAAACUGACUGCUCUGUUAGGUGAUGAGAACAACCAUCAGGUAGCCUUGCGAAUCCUCUAUCAUAUCAGCAUCGAUGACCGCUUCAAGGGCAUGUUUGUUUACACCGAAUGCAUACAGCAGCUCAUGCGACUGCUGUAUGAGCAUACUGAGGAGGAAAUGGAAACUGAGCUCAUCUCCGUCUGCAUCAACCUGGCUGCAAACAAGAGGAAUGCACAGCUCAUGUGUGAAGGGAAUGGGUUGAAGAUGCUGAUGAAGAAAGCUCUGAAAAUGAAAGACUGCCUUCUGAUGAAGAUGAUCAGAAACAUCUCACAACAUGAUGGGCCAACCAAACCACUGUUCAUAGACUAUGUUGGUGACCUGGCAGCAGAGAUCCGUGCAGAGGAAGAGGAGGAGUGGGUUCUGGAGUGUCUGGGUACUCUGGCCAACCUUACCAUUCCUGACCUGGACUGGGAGUUGGUGGUUAAGGAGUACAAUCUGGUACCUUUUCUCAAAGACAGACUGAAACCAGGCUCAGCAGAGGAUGACCUCAUCCUGGAGGUAGUAAUUAUGAUUGGAACUGUUUCCAUGGAUGAUGCCUGUGCUGCUAUGUUGGCUAAAUCUGGCAUUAUUCCUGCACUUAUUGAGCUACUUAAUGCCCAACAGGAGGAUGACGAGUUUGUGUGUCAGAUUGUCUACGUCUUCUAUCAAAUGGUGUUUCAUCAAGCCACGCGAGAUGUCAUCAUCAAAGACACACAGGCUCCAGCCUACCUGAUCGAUCUGAUGCAUGACAAGAAUGCAGAGAUCAGAAAAGUGUGUGACAACACCCUGGAUAUCAUCGCUGAGUACGAUGAGGAGUGGGGGAGGAAGAUUCAGUCAGAGAAGUUCCGUUUCCAUAACAACCAGUGGCUGGAGAUGGUCGAGAGCCGGCAAGCGGAUGAGUCUGAACCGUAUUUCUAUGACAACGACAACGACAGGACUGAUCUAUUUUAUAGUGCAGAUGGAAUUACUCCAGGCGAUGGUUCGGUCAGCCCAGAGUUCUUCGGGGACCUGCAGCCUCAAAACGGAGACUCACACCUCACAGUAGAUGGAAACGAUGUCUUUGACCAGACCAGUUCCUCACCUGGACGACCAGCUACUGCCUACGGAUUCAGACCUGAUGAACAACCCUUCUAUCAGUACUCGUAGACAAACGUUUAACAUUCAAAGACCUCCUGUCAUCUAAGGUCCAUUUUGUAUUCUCAAUCUGCAUGUCCCCUUCCUCAUGUUAGUGCUAGAAGAAAUCAUGAGGACAGACACUCUGCAUGUGCACAAUGUGAACUUGUAACCUGAAAGAAUGCAGCUCCAUGCAGUGAUAACGUUGUUAAACAGAUAUGUACAUAACGUCUUCAGUCUUCUAAUGUUGACUUCACAGUGGGUCGAGGACAUUGAAGAAAGUGAACUGCUAACUGAUUUCUUGAGUCUUUACAACACUAUAGUAAAUAUUUGUUGCUUCUUUACAUUUGGUGUAAAAAACAUUUGAGUCAUAUGAAGGGAUGUAACGAUACUUUGGGAGACUGUAACAUAGUGAUAUGGAUAAGAGACUGUUCAAACAGUGAGAUGCACUGAUGGUCUUUUUCAAUCUGCACCAUGUUGAGAAGCUCGAGACACUGAACAUGUAUAAAAUGUUUUCACUACAUACUGCCUGGUUUGUAAAAGAGUUGGAACAAAGUGUUGGUGUUUAAAGGAUUUGAGCUCAUAAAUAACAUGCUAAAGAUAAAAUACUGCUCACAAUGUGUUAGUAGUUAUUAACAGCUGUUAUGACCCAACUUUUCAAAGACAUUCAUGAAAACUAGUCGACACAGAGCUGCCUGAAUGUCAAUAGCCAGGAACACUAAAGAUGAUCCUUUUUACUGCUUAAUUUUCAUAUUUAUUUGACCUGGGAUUUGUUUUAAAAUCCUUUUUUUUGGUGCAGUGGUUAGUGCACAUGCCCCAUGUAUGGAGGCUGUAGUCCUCCAAGCGGGCAGCCCAGGUUCAAAUCCGACCUGUGGCUCCUUUCACGCAUGUCAUUCCUCUCUCUCUCUCUCUCUCUCUCUCUCUCUCUCCCUGAUUUCCAACUCUAUCCACUGUCCUAUCUCUACAUUGAAGGCACAAAAAUCAUGUUCAAAAAAGCAUUUUGUAAGAUAUCAGUGUUACUUUUUAGAAUGAAAAAUGAGCAAUGUGUUUUUAAGUAACUUUACAGCCUCAUGGUUCAUUAAUGAAUACAAUUUGAGAUGUUUUUUUCAUUGCCAGGGAGUUGUAAUAAAACGAUCAUGUUAUUAAUGAUAUAUUUAUAAUUUGACUUCUUUCUAAUGUCUUUGUGGAUUGAUGAAAGGAGUGAGUUGUAUCGUUACAUCCCUAGCCAUAUGGAUUUUCUAACAUCACAUUGUUACAUGGUUUGAGAUCAUCUGAUGUUAUGUCAACAUGCUGAUGUCUUCAGUCUCUGUCUCUGUAAAAUGGGAACAUUGUUUUUCAUGGUCUUCGUACAUCAGGCUGUGUUUACACUUGUUGGUCAGUACCUGUCUGAAUGAAGUAGUCUGAUAUGAGUCUCCAGUGAUGAAGCAUUGCAUGAUCAAUAUUUAAAAAAGGAAUCAAUAAAUCUUUUGUCUCUUUAAUUCCUUA